UAUAUAAUAUUCAUAUAUCAAAAGCUUAACUAAACUUAAAACUUCACGGACGAUAUACCUACCAGCAGCUGGUAAAAGCUAAUUAACCUUGAUAUUUAAACUCGAAAACUCUUUAUAAAUAUGUAUGUAUGUCUGUAUGUAUAAUUCCACAAUAAAUUAACCAAAUGUUCAAAUGUGUAAAUUUUAUGGUCCUGGUUUAAGCAAAUUUUAAAUUGAAUUUGUCAUAUUUAGAUAUCUAUUUCAUACUCGCACUUAAUAAGAAUAACGCUAUUUAAGUAUGCACGGCUUUUCCCUUAGUUUAAUGUUAUUCUACCCAAUAAAAAUAUGUGUGAUUCUAAUUAUUGUGCCGUAUUCACAGAUUCUCAACCCUUUGGAUGCCAUUUGUGAUCGUAAAAGGUCAGAUGCAGUUUGCGUUUCUAAUUUAAAGAAUGCGAAAAAAGGUCGACAAAGGCUUUUGGUUGAGCGCCCUGAUGUGAAAAUCUUCUUACCUUUCAGAUUUUAUGUGUACGAGCCAAAAACUUUAUUUAUACCAAUACUUACAACCGAUUUUAGGUUUAUAGUUGUGCCUAGGGGAGAUCAUCUGACAUCUUUGGUCGAUGAAAUAUCAUACAUAUCGCCACCGGCACCCCUAUCACAAAGCGAAGACAUACCGCCCGAAUACUUCUGCAACGGAGACAAUCGACCGCCGAACUGUCCAAACUGUGAAUGCACACACAUGGUUGACAUACCUCUUGGAGCUAUUGUUGAAGUUGUUUUGGUCGAUGAAGCACAAGUGAAUCUUAGCCAUCCCUUUCAUUUGCAUGGAACAGCCUUCUAUGUGGUAGGACUGGGUCGUUCGCCGGAUAAGUCAAUAAAAAAAAUAAACUUAAAAGCAUGCUCUGGAGUUGGACCAAAUGGCAUGCUUGAGCGUGAUUUUUCUAAGCCACCUCUUAAAGAUACAAUAGCCGUCCCCAACAAUGGAUAUGUUGUUAUGAGGUUUCGGGCAGAUAAUCCAGGCUAUUGGCUUUUCCACUGUCACUCUUUUCAUAUUGUCAUAGGCAUGAACCUCAUUUCAUAUCGAACACCAGCUGACCUACCACCAGUUCCCCCGCGGUUUCCUAAAUGUGGUGACCAUGUUCCGCCGGUGACGUGGUUCUAGUCCGCGUGGUUUUUAAACCGUA